UGAAAAACCAGGAAUAGAGACGUAUUUGCUUCGUUGGAAUAGUAGACAUUUACUUUGGGUGUCUCUUCUAUUCUUCUGAAAUAGCUGCUGUUUGUUGCAAGACUUUCAAUAUUUGUAUUGUACCUCUUAAUUUUCCUCGUCGAUGCCAGGGCCAGCUGAAAGCUGCAGUUUGGAUGAAGUCAGUCAAAACAGGACAUAAAUUAUAUUUAACAGCCAUGGUCUUGCAACUCGGAACCAAACUUCACUAUUUCACUAAACUUUAUAAGGAAUGAGAUAUGCCUUUGCCGGGUGGAUUAUACCUCCAUAAUAACCCCCAAUCCUUUCCCCCCUCUCUCUCUCUCUCUCUCUCCUCUCUCUCUCUCUCUCUCUCUCUCUCUCUCUCUCUCUCUAAGUGUCACUGCAGGUGCUUCAGUCAAAGGGGAGCGACUCCAGCAGCACUCGUGUCCUCUGGUCACCCUCUCGGCAAAAUGUCUUCUGAUUAUUUUGGAUUCUCCUACGUAAGGAGCAAUGCAUUAAAGAACACAAGUACCGUGGUUCUUAACAACGCAGCUGAUAUCUCUGUUAUUGUGAUUUACUUUUUGGUUGUCUUGGGUGUAGGAGUAUGGGCUAUGGUCCGCACCAACAGGUCCACAGUCGGGGGCUUCUUCCUGGCUGGGAGGAGUAUGGUGUGGUGGCCGAUUGGAGCUUCACUCUUUGCCAGCAACAUCGGCAGUGGCCACUUUGUGGGGAUUGCAGGGACUGCUGCAGCAGGAGGACUCGCCAUCGGUGGAUUUGAAUGGAAUGCUCUUGUAGUGGUCGUCAUCCUUGGAUGGCUUUUUGUGCCAAUCUACAUCAAAGCAGGGAUUGUCACCAUGCCUGAAUACCUGAAGAAGCGGUUUGGAGGCCAGCGUAUUCGCAUCUACCUCUCUGUGCUCUCCCUCUUCCUUUAUGUCUUCACAAAGAUCUCAGCGGACAUGUUCUCCGGUGCCAUUUUUAUCAACCAGGCUCUUGGGUUGAAUAUCUACCUGGCUGUAAUCAUGCUACUAAUGAUCACAGCGCUGUACACUGUUACAGGUGGAUUAGCAGCUGUGAUCUACACGGACACCUUGCAGACUAUCAUCAUGGUUGUUGGAUCAUUCAUCCUCAUGGGCUUUGCUUUUAAUGAGGUGGGAGGCUAUUCAGAGUUCCAGAGGCUCUACAUGUUGGCCACGCCCGCCAUUACAGGAGGCAACAAGAAAGAGUGCUAUGAGCCUCGGUCGGACUCCUUCCAUAUUUUCAGAGACGCAAUCACAGGAGAUCUGCCGUGGCCUGGCCUCGUGUUUGGACUCACCAUCCAGGCCACUUGGUACUGGUGCACAGAUCAGGUGAUUGUUCAGCGCUGCCUCUCUGCUAAGAAUCUAUCUCACGUUAAAGCAGGCUGUAUCUUAUGUGGUUACCUGAAGCUGCUGCCAAUGUUCCUCAUGGUUUUCCCCGGGAUGAUCAGUAGGAUCCUCUAUCCUGAUGUGGUGGCAUGUGUGGACCCAGAAGAAUGUCAAAAUUACUGUGGGGCCAGUGUGGGCUGCACCAACAUCGCGUAUCCCAAACUGGUGGUGGAUCUGAUGCCAGAUGGCCUAAGAGGUCUGAUGCUGUCAGUGAUGUUGGCCUCCCUGAUGAGUUCACUCACCUCCAUCUUUAACAGUGCCAGUACUCUCUUCACCAUGGACAUCUAUACUAAGAUUCGUAGCAAGGCCAGUGAGAAGGAACUCAUGAUAGCUGGCAGAGUGUUUAUCUUGGGCCUGAUUGGCGUGAGCAUUGCAUGGAUCCCUGUGGUGCAGUCAGCCCAGAGUGGUCAGCUCUUUGACUACAUUCAGUCCAUCACCAGCUACCUGACACCACCCAUCGCAGCAGUAUUCAUGCUGGCCAUCUUCUGCAAACGUGUCAAUGAAUCUGGAGCUUUUUGGGGACUUGUGAUUGGCCUUGGCAUCGGCCUGUCCAGGAUGAUCGCAGAGUUUGCUUAUGGCACAGGCAGCUGUGUUAGCCCCAGUAACUGUCCCACCAUCAUAUGUGGAGUCCACUAUCUCUACUUCUCCAUCAUCCUGUUUGUUAUCUCCUGUAUCAUCAUCCUGACAGUCUCUCUCAUCACCAAACCCAUUGAUGACAAGCAUUUGUAUCGACUGUGCUGGAGUCUCAGGAACAUAACAGACGAGAGGGUGGACCUUGAAAAGGAUGACUGGGUUGAUACUAAUAAUUCCGAUGAUAUGGAAAUAGAAGAACAAGGAGAGGAGCCAGGCUGUUGCAAAAAGGCAGUGAUGGGCUUCUGCGGCCUAGAGCAGCAAAAAGGCCCCAAGCUGAGUGAAGAGGAGCAGGCGGAGCUGCAGAAGCAGCUCACAGACACCUCAGAGGUGCCAUUAUGGAGGAACAUUGUGAAUGCAAAUGCCAUUAUCCUCCUUUGUGUGGCCGUUUUCUGCCAUGGUUUCUUUGCUUAACUGACAUAAGUCACUCUCAGAUACUGUAAUCUAUAUUUAAUUGAGAGGAUUUUAGAUUCAUGUAAAUUAUGCUCCUACACUUUUGAUAAUUAGAUCUUGUAAACCUUGCUGUACUGUAUCAUCAUAGCCAUGUGGCUACUGAACUUCUCAAUGACAUAAAAUAUACUUUUGUGACGUACAAA